AGAAAGGCAACAGCAAAUUCAAGAGUUAGUGUGGCAACGGAAAGCAGCAUCGGGGCGGCAGGUCAGCUUGCCUUGAAGGUUGGUGGAACUUGAAGUAAUGGCACCCUAAAAGUCCUGCAUCUGUUGAAAAUCUUUGCCCGUUUUGUCGCUUCCCCCUCCACGUGUUCCGUUCCUCUUUCAAGUGUUAACUUGGCUUUUGGUUGAAAGAGCGCUGUUAUCUUCCACAAGGUCGCAGCUAACAUUAGCUUCUCUUUGAUAUCGCUGCAAAGAGAGGGAAAUUAGAAACUGUAGCACUCAACUGUUAAUUUGAGGGGUGCAAUAGAGGCCAACUCGAAGCAUGUCGGGCGCAAACCGUAGCCAAACGAGCGACAUCCACAACCAAGAAAACAUGCUGGCAAGACUGCGAGGCUCGCUGAAGCCCCGGGGAGCCGCCUCGGAAAACCAGGAGAACAUACCGCCCAAGCCCGCGGCCACCAGGACCGUGCUGGGCGCCUUGCAGAACAACCAGAGGAGCAAACCCCACAACCAGCGCGCUCAUAAGCAGGAAUCCCCAAAGCAGCAGUCAUGUAAAAACGAAGAAAUCAACAAAGUCUCCAAGCCACCUCCUUUCCAAAUCCAUGUAGACCAACCCUCCCAAGACCCUGUCAAGAAGCCGUGCGAUGGUGCCGCCGCAAAGGUUGAGGUGCUCGCAGAAGACUCGCCACUCAAGAUUGACCAUGCAGUCGCCAGUCUGCGCCAACCUCUGGCUGCACUUGACAUCCCACCACCAGCUAUGGACAUCAGUUUUGACUCUCCCAUGGACAUGUCUGUGGUCGAGGGCGAGGAGAAGACUGUCAGUGUCCGAGAGGUGCCCGAAUACGCUGCAGAGAUUCACGCAUACUUGCGGGAAAUGGAGGUGAAAUGCCGACCCCGGUCGGGCUACAUGAAAAAGCAGCCCGAUAUCACCAACAGCAUGCGUGCCAUCCUAGUGGACUGGCUGGUCGAGGUGGGUGAAGAGUACAAGCUCCAGAACGAGACGCUCUACCUGGCCGUCAAUUACAUCGACCGCUUCCUAUCGUCCAUGUCGGUGCUACGUGGCAAGUUGCAGCUGGUGGGCACCGCCGCAAUGCUGCUAGCCUCCAAAUUCGAGGAGAUUUACCCUCCGGAGGUGUCGGAGUUCGUCUACAUCACAGAUGACACCUACACUAAGAAGCAGGUGCUGAGGAUGGAGCAGCUGGUGCUCAAAGUGCUCUCCUUUGAUCUGGCGGCACCCACCAUCAACCAGUUCCUCACCCAGUACUUGCUGCACCACCCUGCCAACAAGCAGGUGGAGAGCCUCUCCAUGUAUCUUGGGGAGCUCAGCCUAGUGGAUUCUGACCCCUUCCUGAAGUACCUGCCUUCUCAGACUGCUGCUGCUGCCUACAUCCUGGCCAACAACACAAUCGCUGGUGCAUCAUGGCCCAAGUCCCUGGUGGAGAAGACGGGCUAUACUCUGGAGAACCUGAGGCCAUGUGUGGAUGAUCUUCACCAGAUGUACUUGAAUGCACCUCAACAUGCUCAGCAGUCCAUUAGGGAGAAGUACAAGACUUCCAAGCAUCAUGAAGUUUCAAUCAUUGAACCUCUGGCUACUCUGCAGUUUGAUUGAACUCCGGCUCCCCCACCCACCCGUUUUUGACUUACUUUCUGUCACUUAUCUUUUUCCUUGUGGCCUGUUCCUAAAGUACUUUUUUUUUUUUUUAAUAAUCAAUUACUGACGUUCAUAGUGUUUUAAUAUGGUUUUAAAAUCAGACUGUGUAAAUAAUUAAAAGCUGGUUUUAUGCCCAAGCAGUUGUAAUUGCUGGGAUUGUUUUCUACAAGUCCACCUAGUUGUGUUAAAGCAGUUCAGUUUUACACAUUAAACGUGUUUGUCAGUCA